AUGAGUGUCAUUCUCUGCACCGCGGGGUAUGACCAUACCAUUCGUUUUUGGGAGGCCUUGUCUGGUAUCUGCUCGCGUACUAUUCAACAUCCUGAUUCCCAAGUAAACCGCCUUUGCAUCACACCCGACAAGCGCUUCCUGGCAGCCGCGGGCCACAACAAUGUCAAGCUAUAUGACAUCAAAUCCACAAAUCCCAAUCCUGUUAUGACGUUUGAUGGUCACACGAACAACAUUACAGGAGUUGCAUUUCACUGCGAAGGAAAGUGGAUGGUGACUAGCUCCGAAGAUGGCACAGUGAAAGUGUGGGACACUCGUACCGGAAGUCUACAGCGCAACUACGCCCACAAAGCUGCAGUUAAUGAUGUUGUGAUCCAUCCGAACCAGGGUGAACUGAUCAGUGGAGACCGUUCUGGUAUUGUUCGCGUAUGGGAUUUGGGAGAGAGUGUCUGCACCCACCAACUCAUCCCCGAGGACGACGUCGCAGUGCACAGUGUCAGUGUUGCCAGCGACGGAUCUCUGCUCUGCGCAGGGAACAAAAAGGGCAACGUCUACAUCUGGCGCAUGAUUCAAGAUGCUGAGCUCACUCGCAUUGUACCCAUUUGCACGUUCCAGGCCCAUAAGGACUACCUCACUCGCGUUCUUCUAUCACCAGAUGUUAAACACCUUGCGACUUGCUCCGCUGAUCAUACCGCCAAAGUUUGGAACCUGGAUCUCGAUUAUCCUCCGGCCAAGGUCGCAGCUGUCACAGCAGCAAAAGCCAAAGCCAAGGGCAACAUGGGAUCAGAAGUCGCUUCUCCAUCUACAGCUUCCGGGACGCCUGAUCAAAUAUCUGGCAUUGAUCAAGCGAAGUCUCAAGAAUUCAACCCGUUCAGCUUUAUCAAUGGUCCUACUCCUGUUCUCCCCAACGAACCACCACAGCCCUUCCCCGUACAGCCCGAUGGUCCUCCGAUGGAUCCGAGCACAGGAACCCCUUAUUUGGAAACCACACUAGCCAACCACCAGCGUUGGGUGUGGGAUUGCGCCUUCUCCGCCGAUUCAGCAUACCUGGUCACUGUUUCUAGUGACCACUACGCUCGUCUAUGGGAGCUGGCUUCAGGCCAAAUUAUUCGCCAAUACAGUGGGCACCACCGAGGAGCAGUGUGUGUUGCGCUGAAUGACUAUUCAGAGCCUCGAUAA